UCUGAACUUCCUCGCUCGCCAUGUACUUCGCUGGCUUCAGCAUCCCUUCAUUAAACCCAGAAAUUCCCGUCUUUCUCGCUAUAGCCUACUUCACCGCCAGCAACAUUCGCUCCGUCAAGCGCACUCUCGCAGUGGCCGAUGCAGACGGAGGAAAGGUCAGGCCCAGCACCGCACCCACCUCCUUUGUGGGGAAGGCUGUCACCCAUGUCCACGGGCUCGCGUUCGCCGCACCGCAACUCGUGUACCUCGUCAGCGUCCCUCUCAGCGGAUUUGUCCAGCCAGGUUGGAUGCAACGAUUCAGCCUCCCCACUUGUGGGAUGAGUGGUGAUAAGCUGGCGUGCGUCAGGAUGCUCGCGAGCGUUGUCCUUGUAGGGAUCGUGCAUGUUGCGAUGAAGAGGCUGUUCAAGCAACUUGGAUCGCAGUUGCACCCUAUUGCUCGGCGCGAGAACUCCAAGAUCAUCAAGGACGGCUUCUACUCCAUCGUUAGACACCCCAUGUACACCCAGUCGCUAGUUCAAGGACUACUGUGCACCGUCAUGCUCUGGUCGUAUAUCCCACUCGCCGGGCUUCCUAUUAUGGUGCUCGCUGUUGCAGCCAAAAUUCCUAUUGAAGAAGGCAUCAUGCUACAGGACCCGUCCGUUGCGGACGAAUAUAAAGCCUAUAAGCGAGAAGUCCCUUACAGGAUCUUGCCCUAUAUCUGGUAGUCGGCGGUCACUGAUCGUAACGUCGGUUGAGGUCAGCGACUCGCGGUUAGCCGUAGCGUUCUUCUUUACUGAUAUUGCCCGCCGUUGGCCUUGUUUACUUUCCAUCGAAGUGUCCUUUUUCCUAUAUUUAUCAUUCAUGAUUACAAUAUACGACUUCUGUCGGCACAUUGUUCAUGUUCCAAAGUUAUGAGGUCUACUGAUACCAUUUAACUCGGCCGCAUUUAGUUCUAUGCAUCCAUUGCCC